AUGGACAUUUGUACUAACUUAACAAUUCAAAACCCAUCAAUAACGAUGAAGAACAAAGCAAGUGGAAUCUUGAAGCGGAUAAUGUCAGUGUUGACGUCAAUGGCCAAGGCUAAAACUUUGGCUCUCAAGAGCAAAACCAAUGCCUUGAGGACACGGUUGAUCGUAUUCUCUCUACUCAGAAACAAGAAGAUUAUGAUGAGCUCUAUCACUCAGAAGCUCCAUGCUCUGAUGGGACAGCAUGACAAAGAUCAAGAAGCAGAAUCGGAAUAUUUAGAUCAAAGCAAGGAUUUGGUGCUCCAUAACCACAACUCUUUGUCGUCCCUCCCCAAUUCUACUCACACCGAGUUGAUGGAGAAUGUUGCAGAGGACGACCGGGAUAAUAUUAUUGGUUAUGACUGUGAAGAAGCUCGCGAUGAUGAUGAAAGGUAUCCAGACCUAACCCACUCGUUGUUUGAGUCUGAAGAUUUAGAAUUUGAAGAUGCAGGAGGGUCAGUGAUAGAUAUGGUAAAGAAUUCAAAGCAAGAAGGGGAGAUGUUCAGCUUGGAAGACGAGAUAGACCAUGUGGCAGACUUGUUCAUAAAGAAAUUCCAUCGCCAGAUGAUGUUGCAGAAGCAGCUAUCCAUGAAGAGGAGGUAUCACGACAUGCUUCAAAGGGGUCCAGGUUUGGCGAUGCCUGAUGAUCAACGACUUCAGCGAUUUGAAGGGCAGGUGAAGAACUUGAGUACAGGGCAAGAAAGACUUCUUAAACAGACGGAAAAAAUUGGUGUUGGCAAAUGA